AUGACCUUCCCCAGAAAAAGGAAACUGCUGAAGGCGGAAGAGAUCACCGGGAAGAAGAAGGCAAAUGGGAGUUGGCGCGGGGGAGUGAAGGCGGAAGGGCGGUCACUGGGAUCUGCGGUGGGAUCUGAAAUGCCGCGAGGCAGCCGGCUGAAGAAGGGGGCAAUAAUCGAAAUCACCGUCUAUAACUGGAUGGUGUUUAGCGGACCGGUGACGCUAAAAGCAGAAGAAGGAAUCAACCUUAUCGCUGCCGCAAACGCAAGCGGAAAAUCCUCCCUUGUGUGCGCCUUGGUGUUUGGUCUAGGCUAUAACUCCAACAUACUCUCCAGGAACAAGGACCUAAUCAAUUACAUAAAAAAGGGAGAAAAAAAAAGUUUCAUAGAAAUUAAGUUAAAAAAAGACGAAAGGACAAACACAGUCAUAAAGAGAAUUAUGCACAUAACUCAAAAUAAAUUGGAGUCAUUCUGGUUCGUGAAUUACAAAAAGGUUAACUACACAGAUAUACAGGAACUACAGAAGGAAUUCCAUCUCAACUUGGGUAACUUAAUAACGUUCAUGCCACAAGAAAAUGUAAGCAGAUUUUCUAGGUUAAGUCCAGAAGAGCUAUUCGAAUGCACGCUAAUGGCAAUAGAUAAAAAUUUAUUAGACAAAUAUCAUCAUGUGAAGAAGCUUGUAAAGGAAAAGAAGGAGGGAGAACACAACAUGCAGUUGUUGGAACAUCAGGUGAAGGAAGAGGAGAGACUUAUAAUCGAUUUGGAAGAAAAAAAGGGGAAAUUUGAAAAUUUGAAAAAGCUACUAGCUAAAGUUAGAACCUAUCGAGUGAAGAAAUCCAUUCUGGCCAUGAAUUCCAAAAAGAAGCAGCUGACAGAAGUGAGAUCCAAAGUAGAUUCCCUCGUGAAGGAGAAAAAUGAACACUUCGAAACGCUGAAGCAGUAUCUAUCCGAGUUGGAGAAAUGCCAUAAGGUGAUAAAUCACCUGUCCGAAAAACUCUCCAGGGAGAAAAAAAAAAUCAAGGAAGCAACAACUAAGUAUAUCAAAAUCAAUGUCCAGUUAGACGAAAUCGAAGGAGAAAUUCUGAGUGAGGAAAAGGUCAUGGAAGAUGCAGUACAACACAUGCACGAAAAUGAAGAGUAUAUAAAAAACUUGGAUAAAAAAAAAAAAAAAUUGAGGAAGAGCUAGAUGGGGAUCCAAAAGGGAGAUGACAAUGCAGAAGUCUCAGAAAAAACACUCCAAGAGGAGCUAAAAAAUAUGGCGAACACAAAUAAGCAAUUCCUGAUGAAGAAGUACGCACUGCAGACAGAGCAUGCCUCCCUCAUGGAAAAGCUACAAAAAAGACAGAACUAUCAAAAUAUACAAGAAGAAAAAUUCCUGAAUAGCAUAGAAUUCACCUUACGUGAAAGAAUUUUGAAUUAUAAAAGGAACAUAAAAAAUAUUGUACAAACACACCAUCUGUUAAGCGAAUCGUUUUUAGAGGACAUAAGGAAGAAGUAUGAUUUAUCGAAGAUUACAAAUCAGAACGAUAUGAAUGGAGCUAUCAUCGAUGAGCUGUCCAAGCAGAAUAUCAUCUAUGGACCACUCUGUAAAUAUAUCAAAUGCAUCAAACCGCAAUUCGAUUACGUGUUGGAGUUUUUCCUAAAAAAGUAUUUCAACAGCUUUCUCCUUAUCGAGAAAGAAAAUACAUCACUACUGGAGUCGCUGUAUAAAAAUUACAAACUAUCCGUAAUUACCAUGUCGAAGGAAAAUCACAAAUUAUGUCAUGUGACUAAUGAAAUGAGAGAACGUGGAGUCGAGUAUUUCAUUUAUGAACUAUUUGAAAUUAGAGAAGGAACUUUUAAAAAUAAAACUACCAAAGAUAUAACAAAUUUUAAUAUGUUGGAAGAAAUAGCCAGACAGAUUAAUGAACAGGUGGGUACUCUCCUCUAUUUCUGUGAACAGAAUGUACAUCGAUAUAGGAUAAGUACCUACAAUAAGGAUGUUUUUAUAGAUAAUUUCACCUUCAUAGAUAGGAGGUGUAAAAUAUUGUACUAUAUCAGCUCGGAGGUGAAAAAAGAUAUUAAUGUCUUGGAGAAAAGGAGAAAAGAAUGCGAAUUGGAGAUGCACACUUUGAAGAAAAAUAUGGACGAAUUGGAUGUCCUCAAAAAACAAAAAAAUGAUCAAUACAAUAACUUGAUUCUACAAAAAAGUGAGCUAAACAUUAGGAAGAAAAAAAAAUUACUUCUAAUUAAGGAAUUGCAAAAGGUGGAAGAAAAUUUGAAGCUUUAUCUAAAGGGGGAACAACUUAUUGAUGAAAAAAAAAAUAAAAUAAGCAAACGGAUUAACCAUUUGAAUGAGAGGAAGAUAAAGCUUUGUAGCGAUUACUUUGACACUCUAAAGGGACACAAAGUAAACGAUAUGGAAGCGUUCUCUAUAUGGAGGAAACUCUCACAGUGGAAGAGAUACCUAUCCCUUGUUAAGAGUCAAAACGCAGAAAGUGAGAGAAAACACCAAAUGCUCAAAUCACAGGUUGAUUUGGAAAAUACGAAAUACACUGCCCUCACGCAUGAUAUUCACGAGUUGGAAAAUCUCGUGAAGGUACAGAAGGGAGAACUCUCAAAGGAAGAAAUUAAGUCACUCAACCAGAUUGAAGUUUCCCUGGAGGAAAUCGAUAAUAUUCUCCAGGAGUGUGCCAUUCAGCAAAGGAUUUAUAACAACUUGGAAAAAAAUGAAGAGAAAUAUAAUAUGCUUGUUUUGUCCAUAGAACGGCAUAAUGAAAAUGUGAAACAAAAAAAGGAACAGCUGAUUAACCUGGGGAAGGAACUCCAAAAUCACAGCAGGCAAAUUGAGUUCGUCCUCUCCAACUGGGUCAAUCAAAUCGACGAGUGUAUCCUAUUCCUUAAUCACAACUUGGGGAAAUUUAUAGCUUUUAUAAACCCCGACUAUGGUGCAAAAAUCGAACUCGUUAAAAAAAACGACCUUUUCGAACGAUGCGAAUUGUACAUCAAGGUGAAGUUUAAAAAGACUGCUCCCUUUUUGCUACUCUCUGUUUCGCAUCAAUCCGGGGGGGAGCGCUCCCUCACCACUAUGCUGUACAUCCUAUCGAUACAAAAGCUAACCAAGAACGGCUUCUAUGUACUGGAUGAACUCAACCAGGGGCUGGACCAAACGAAUGAGAAGAAAAUUUUCGAACUGCUCUCCUGUCUCUCCAACCCGUCCAUGUACAAGCAGCACUUUAUGCACCACUACGAUUAUAAGCACAUCGAGAUUGACUACCAAUCCAAGCCUCAGUACUUUAUCUUGACUCCCCAAAUAAUUCGGGACAUUUUCUUCAAGGACAUCACCGUGCACUACCUCUUCAACGGCUUCGGCGUCCUCUCUGGCCAAUUCGACGAGGUGGGGGAGGCGGCGUAG